UUCAAUCGUUUGGGCCUGUUUCCCUUCUUGUUCGGUUCUUCUUCCAGGAAUCCACUGAAAGCCCUACCUCCUCAUCAAGAGCGGCUCAAGAACGCUCCCUCUCCCCGGUGCUUCCGCGAGUCGGAAGAGUUCGUGAUGGAGACACAACGGAGCAGAAACCGUAAGGGCGCCAAGCGUCGCAGAGCUCAAGGCAACGAGCAAAACCGCGAUGCUAAGAAGAGCAAAUCGGAGCCUCCCGGUUCCAGCUUCCUCGAAAAGAUGAAAGCGAGGUUAUCCGGUGGGCAUUUUAGGAUGAUCAACGAGAAGCUAUACACCUGCACCGGAGAAGAAGCACUUGAUUAUUUUAAGGAGGACCCAUCUCUUUUUAAUGUGGUAAGAUGCUCUUCUUUUCAAUGAAAAGGUCAUCCAGUCAAUAAACAAGUCUUCACUUCUUUGCUCUUUUGCGCUUCAAUGGCUGCAUUGUGUAUGUGGACUUUUUGGAUAAAAAGCUUGCAUUGCUUAGGUGAUGAAAGGAAUCGGCUAUUGAGCAUCACCUAUCACCUUCAUCUCACUUAUUUGUGUGAGGAGGAAAAUCAGUCUCAGUGAAGUAAAUCAAUUGGGAAUGAAAGCAAGUUUUAAACUUAUCUGCGAGUCGGCGUCUGUGACAGAGUAACUAUGUGUCAGUUUCUGCGAGUCAGAAAACUAUAUCAAAUUGAAUGUGUGACCACAUUUCAGUCUUUCUAAAUCUGUGUUCCACAAGACCAUAUGAUCAAGGUGUUCCUGUUGUUGGUCUGCUGGGGGAAUCAAGAUUUGGAGUGAGCUACUAAUCCCGCUGUGCAAUAGCUUAUUGAUUCAGUUAUCAGGGAAAUACCAAGUGUACUACCACCAAAUUUAAACUUUAGUCAAGAGACUUGUUUUGGCUUUUGUUGACCAUGGUGGAAUGAGUUCAUUUUGCUCAAAUAACUUUCUGGAAGAGCAACUUGCUAAGUACUGAUAAAAGAAGGAAAAAUAAGCUGCUUAGCAACGCCAUCGUCAGUGAUGAAUAUGUUGUUCGACUUCAUAUCAGCAGUUUCUUGAUCAUCCUGCUAAGAUUUGUUUCUGUGAAAUGUACAUAUCAGGGUCUAGAUCUUCAUAUCAACCUUCUGAGAAGAUGAGGCCAUAAAGAUUGGUCAUUUGGAUAUAACAGAGUAAAAACGGGUUUCUGGUUGUUCUCAACGAGAAUUGCAUGGAAUUAGUUUCUUCUAGGAAGGAUAACUGUCCAUCAUAUUUUUGUGCUUUGAAAUAAAAAUUGCCAUCUCAAAUAAGUUAUUCUUGCAUGAAAUUUGUCUGCACAUCACUUUAUCAGUAUGGAU